ACAUUACAAUAUGAUGAACAUACGUGAAAUCAAAUCAUAUGAAGAGGAAGCUAUAGACACAGUUGUAUCUGUUAUCAACAGGGCCAAGGAAUCUCUUGGAGUGCGGCAGACUUUGAAGCAAUUAGCAAAAACUCGGGAUCUCCUUUCACCACCAGCAAAAGUAGCGUUAACAAAUUUAAAGUGUCCCCUAGUCACCAACGGAGAGGAGCUGAUAAGAAAUGCUAUUGAUAAGGACUGGAAGCUCACUGACACCUUGCUGUACAAGCUGGUGUACCAAGGAAUGUCGAGGGAUGAAUGCUCGCAGUACUAUUAUUUUGAGGCAAUAUUCAGUCAGCCUACAGUGCAAUAUCCGAUCCCGCAAGCCACAGCCUCCGUGUUUUUCAGGAUUGAAGACAAACUAAUUGAACCACAUGAGAAUAAAGGUGUUCCAAAGAUGGUGUUCAGAAUAGAGGGUCAUCACCGCAGCCACGACGUGCGUUACGUUCGACUCUGCGUGGACUGGAUCCUCGGUGUUAUCAAGAUGAAGACCAAACUCUUUGAGAGGAUUGAGAAUAUUGUGCUGUUUUAGUUUUAAUAUUGGAUGAUUUGGUAUCAAAUUAUUUGCUUGAUCUAAUGUUAUGAUAUUAAAUGGGCAAAUAUAAUACAACUAAAGAUAGUUUUAUUUAUAUACGUUGUGAUGUAGGUUUACUGGAUGUAGUUGAUUUAUUAAAUGGGAAAAAUAAAAAAAUAUACACCUAUA